AUGGUAGACGAUCUGGAAAAAGCGGAUUUAGCUGCGAACAAUCGAAUACAACAUGAACCAGAUGAAGCUAUUCAACACCCGGCAAUUGCUACUCUGAGAGAUGGAGAACCUGAGACCGCACCUUCAGACAAGAUUUCAAUUCAUUCACACUCCUCAGCUGCUACCAUACCUUUCCCACCCGAAGGAGAUGAACCCACGCGGUCGAUAUCGAAAACACCAUCCGCUCGUUCUCGAGCUGCGACGAUAAUCCCACGUUCCAAGAGAAGGGGUCUGUUCAGCCAGUUUACCAUUGUGCCCGAGGUUGAAAAUUCAAAGGAGCAUAAGAGGAGUGUGAAAUGGUUCAUUACAGCCAUAAUCGCUUUAGCUGCAGCUGCAGCGCCGAUGGGAAGUGGGAUAUUUCUUCCUGCUCUUCCGGAACUGUCCAAAGACCUUAAUACGACUCCUACCAUCACGAAUCUCUCAGUCGCCCUAUAUAUGCUCAGUCUAGCGAUCUUUCCGUUAUGGUGGUCGUCCUUCUCCGAAACACUUGGCCGUCGAACUAUAUACAUUAUUUCCUUUACCCUGUUCAUGAUUUUCAGUGUGAUAGCAGCUGUCAGCACAUCAAUUGGAAUGCUCAUAAUAUUACGUAUCCUUGGAGGCGGUGCAGCUGCAUCAGUGCAAGCUGUAGGAGCCGGCACAAUCGCGGACAUAUGGGAAGUGAGAGAAAGAGGUAGUGCAAUGGGAUAUUUCUACUUGGGCCCCUUGCUUGGCCCCUUAAUUGCGCCCAUACUGGGAGGGGUACUCUCACAGAGAUGGGGAUGGCGGAGCACACAAUGGUUUCAAGCAAUAUACGGUGGAGCGCUGUUACUUGUAUUGAUAUUUUUCCUCCCUGAAACACUUGUUGUACAACGGCCUAUCACCACAAACGGAUUACCAGACGAGAAGACUGUCCGACCUCAACUAACACGUACUUCGACCCGCCAAUCCGUUCACAUCAAAACCAAAAAGGCCGCAGCGGUUUUCAAGCGCUGCUUUAUCGACCCGCUCAGCGUACUCGCUUUCCUGCGAUUCCCUCCUGUGCUCCUGUCGGUAUACCUCGCUUCUAUUACAUUUGGAUCAUUAUACGUUCUCAACAUCUCCAUUCAGCAGACCUUCUCUGAAUCUCCCUACAAUUACUCCGUCAUUAUUUUGGGCCUCCUCUACAUACCCAACUCCCUUGGAUAUGUAGUUGCCUCAGUCCUCGGUGGAUCGUGGAUGGAUAGAAUUAUGCAUCGAGAAGCUCGAGCCGCGAAUCGAUACGAUGAAAAUGGAAAAUUAGUCUUCCUUCCAGAAGAUCGACUGAGAGAAAAUGCAUGGCUAGCUGCCGUGAUGUAUCCAGGCGCACUUGUUUGGUAUGGAUGGACGGUGGAAAAGGGGUUACACUGGAUAAUCCCACUGAUUGCCAACUUCUUCUUCGGAAUCGGUAGCAUGAUCAUUUUCGGUUCGGUCACGACAAUGUUGACCGAAAUGAUGCCCAAGAAAUCCAGCUCCGGUGUUGCAGUCAACAAUUUCAUCAGAAAUAUUUUCAGUUGUGUUGGGGGUAUCGUCGCACACCCAAUCAUCGACGCCAUUGGAAACGGCUGGCUCUUCACCAUCAUUGAUGGCGAAUCCAAAUGGACAAAGCAGUGA